AUGUUCAAAAUUCAAGACUUCACUGGGAUGCAAUACUCCCGCGAUGGCCCAGCCAUUGGAAAGCACGACUACGAGUACUUCAAUCAGCAAUAUGCCUCGUCAUCUCACCAGGUAGACCACGACAUGAACCCAGCCCUCAUCGUCCAGCCAAAGGAAGACGCAGAUGUCAUCAAGGCUGUGAAAUGGGCAAAGGAUAACAAAGUCGCUGUUGCCGUGAGAAGCGGCGGCCACCAGUACAGUGGUGCUUCAUCCACUGGCGGCAAGAACAUCCAGAUUGACCUCUCCAACACGUACAAGGACAUGAUGGUUAUUGACGCCAGUGGAAUUCCCGAGGACAGAUCUUUGGUGUACAUCGGUGUGAGUAACAGGUUGCAAGAUUUUAAUGCCUACCUUCGACACAACGAUUUGUUCGUCCCACAUGGGCAAUGCGCCUAUGUAUGCACUGGUGGGCAUGGCCAGACCGGUGGCUAUGGUCAACUCGGACGCAGCUUUGGUCUCUUCGGAGACUAUAUUGUCAGCAUCCGCAUGGUUGAUCACAAUGGCUCCAUUCAGGAAGUCACCAAGAAGAGUGAUCCCGAGCUAUUUUACGCUAUACUAGGAGGAAGUCCUGGUAACUUCGGCAUCAUCACCCAUUACACUAUUGAGGUGCUCCGUGGUGCAAGCUACAUGGGCACUGUCGCCGGGCCCAACAACUUCAAGGGCCCCCACGGUUUGAAGGGUUUAUGGCUCUAUGAGCCCAAGGUCCUCUCUCGUCUUCUUAGUACCAUUGCCAAGAUGUCCGACGACGGCACAGCACCUCGUGGUUAUGAUCUAUGCUGCAGUGUUCUCAGCACAGAGUUUCCCAUCACUAUGCUGUUCCCUUCGAUGCAAGAUGACACUAUCUGGCAAAAGGUCCAAAACAAGAUCAAGAACGCCCUUAGCCAAGAGGUGCUCAACCUUCUGAACGGUAGCUUUCCGGCUGUUAUCGUUCUUUAUGCCCAAUGGUGCCCCACCAACAAGACUGACAAAUACGAUGCCACCGUGGACAAGUGGUUUCAGCAGUUCCGUGACUUCCAGAAGGACUGGAAAAACCACACUCUUCGCAUCGAGGAAUUCGACGAGAGCAUGUCCAGCAUGACUGGAAAGUGGAUUUUUCCAAAGGCAAGAGAAUUUGAUCUUCCCUAUGUCAAGCGGACAUACGCCACCAAGUCACAGACACUCCAGAAGGAUGGAUGGGUCGAUGCUACUGUCAAGCGUUUGGAUCUCAUCUUUAAUCCCCAGCAGAAGCUCGGAGACGACAAGUCUGAUAAGGAAGGAGAAGUUUACGAUCACUGUAAGCUCUCUGUGCAGAUUCAAUGUUUCGGAGGCCAAAACUCGCGCUUUUUUGUCAACAAAGACAAUGGUACCUCGUACAGUUGGAGAGACUCGACCGUCGUGCAGACCCUCGACUGUUUCCACGACCCUGGUGAUCAAUACAGACAAUACGCGAUCAACUGGCAGGCUAAGAACGACUCCAUCAUGAUCGGACCCAACAGUCCCUUCAGCAAGAAGGACAGGCGUGUACUUUGGGGCUCAUGGGGCGACUGGGAUAUGAGCAAGCCUGAGAUCUGGCAGGCAUACUAUGAGGAUGCGGAGAAGUACAAGAGGCUGGGCAAGACGAGGGCAAGGGCUGACCCUAAUGGGACGUUUACUGCGAACCCUUUUGCUGUCGCUGCGGUAAAGGACGGAGCCAAAUUGUAA